UCAUGGCGACCAGGAACCCCCGUCCCACAGAACAUGACAGUGAUGAUGACUCUUAUGAAGUACUGGAUUUAACAGAGUAUGCAAGAAGACACCACUGGUGGAACCGUGUUUUUGGCCACAGCUCUGGACCUAUUGUAGAGAAAUAUUCUGCAGCUACUCAGAUUGUAAUGGGUGGAGUUACUGGAUGGUGUGCAGGAUUUUUGUUCCAGAAAGUUGGAAAACUUGCAGCAACUGCAGUGGGUGGUGGCUUUCUUCUCCUGCAGAUUGCUAGUCACAGUGGCUAUGUGCAAGUUGACUGGAAGAGAGUUGAAAAAGAUGUAAACAAAGCUAAAAAACAAAUUAAAAGAAGAGCAAAUAAAGCUGCACCUGAAAUCAAUACCAUAAUUGAAGAGUCAACAGAGUUUAUCAAACAGAAUAUAGUGGUGUCCAGCGGAUUUGUGGGAGGCUUCUUGCUAGGCCUUGCAUCGUAAGG